UCAGCAGCAGCAGCAGCAGCAGAGGCGUCGCCAAUGGUGGCUCCUCAAUUUUUCACCCCAGGGCCUUCUUCCUCGAUUAGUCAGCGAGGGCGCUCGGGGCCUCUGCCUUCUCUCCGCCUUCUCUGCUGCUGCUGCUGCUGCGAGGCCCGCCUCCUGCUCAUGGAGGAGCGCCGCCUAGUCCUGGCCCUGGCAGCAGGGGCAGGCUCGGCGGCUUCUGCUCGGGUCGGGUGUCGGCUGAGCUCCUGGUCUGGCGGGGCUGAUGGCGGACGGGGCAGAGGAGGGGUACAUCUUGGGCAUCGACGUGGGCAGCACCGUCAUGCGGUGCCACGUUUACGACCGGGCGGCGGAGCUCAGAGGAGCCAGCGCCCGGCAGUUGCAGGAAUUCAAAUGAAUCAGAUUUCUGCUCUUGGACUCUCCACACAGCGAUCAACUUUCAUUACAUGGAACAAGAAGACAGGAAAACCUUUUCAUAACUUCAUCAGUUGGCAAGAUGUGAGAGCUGGUGAACUUACAAAAUCCUGGAACAGAUCUCUUUUAAUGAAGACGGUUCGUGGCAUUUCUUCACUGCUGCACUUUUUCACACGGAGCAGUCUUUUUUUGUUAGCAAGUUGUUUAUCUUUUACAACACAGCACAUCUCUUUAAGAUUGGCUUGGGUUUUACAACAUAUAGCUGAGGUAGAACAAGCUAUUAAGGAGGAUAAUUGCUGCUUUGGAACAGUUGAUACAUGGCUGCUAUAUAAACUCACCAAAGGUUCUGUGUAUGCUACAGAAUAUUCAAAUGCCAGCUCCACUGGAUUUUUUGAUCCUUUUAAGCUCCAGUGGAGUACAUUCCUUAGCAAUUUACUUUCCAUUCCAGUAUCAAUUUUUCCACCAGUAGAAGACACAAGUCAUAACUUCGGAUCAGUUGAUGGUGAAAUAUUUGGAGUGCCUAUUAAAAUAACAGCUUUGGUGGCAGACCAACAGGCAGCCAUGUUUGGCCAAUGUUGUUUCGAUAUUGGUGAUCUUAAAGUCACCAUGGGAACUGGUUCAUUUUGGGAUAUAAACACUGGAAGUAAAGUUCAUACAUCUAAAAAAGGCUUGUAUCCAUUGGUUGGUUGGAAGAUUGGGAAAGAGGUGACCUACUUAGCUGAAGGCAAUGCUUCUGAUACUGGGAAUGCUAUAAAAUGGGCUCAGAGUUUAGAUCUUUUUGCCAGUGCUGACGAGACAUCAAAAAUGGCCCACAGCCUUGUAAAUUCAGGAGGAGUUUGUUUUGUCCCCUCUUUUAGUGGGUUGCAGAUUCCAGUGAAUGACCCUUAUGCAUGUACUUCUUUUAUGGGGAUCACAGCUUCCACCACCAGAAAACAUCUUGUUCGAGCUAUGCUGGAAUCUAUAGCUUUCAGGAACAAACAGCUCUAUGACACCAUCACAAGAGAUGUGAGCAUACUACCUACAUCCAUUCGAGCUGAUGGUGGUGUCAGUAAAAAUAAUUUUGUGAUGCAGAUGACUUCUGAUUUAAUUAAUAAAAAGAUAAACAGGCCUGUAAGUACAGACAUGUCUUGUCUUGGAGCAGCUUUUCUAGCAGGACUUGCUGUAGGAUUCUGGAAUGACAAAGAACAGCUGAAGAAACUAAGACGAACUGAGAUGGUUUUCAAACCACAAAAGGAGCCAAAGGAAUAUGAACCUGCCAUGAGUAACUGGAUAAAAGCUGUUCAUCGUUCUCUCUCUUGGUAUAGCCAGACAUCGCAUGAUGAGAUCACUGCAAAACUGUAGAUGAAUAUACAGUGCGCCCUUGCCUUAUGCAGGGAUCCAUUCCGUAUCCCCCUGCGUAAGGCAAAUAGCACGUAUGCUCAAGCCCCAUUGAAAAUGAUGGGGCUCGUAUGUGGCAUAGUGCGUGUGUGCAAGCCAUUGUUAGUUCUGUCACACGGCUUUCAGCAUAAGCUAAAAGCCGCAUAAGAGGCACCCGCGUAUGACUGAGGCUCACUGUAUAUGAAAGGUUGGUUUGUAGAGCAACCUACAACUCCAAUCCUGAUUUUGAAUUGACUGUUUACUGUUUGAUGUUUGGUAAGCUUAUUUAAAAUGCACCAACUGGAACAGCACUGACCACCAUACAGUGGUCAAGAAAUUAAAUGCCAGUGUUUCAUACAUGCCAAAGGGAUGGUUUAUUGUAAUGAUCAGACUAGAAGUGAUGACAGAGACGUAAGAAUUCAGCUUGACCUUUUUUUAAAAAAGCACAUAAACCCCCAUGCAUUCAGAUAUCAUCCUCAGAAAAGGGUAAGAAUCUGUGUCUGCUUCUGUAUGAAAAAAUCUGUGUUGGCAUCUUGGUGGAAAACCUAGAGACAGAGGUGCUUUUACAUAUAUUUGGUGAGAGCAUUAAAACUUUAAACCAUUAAAGAAGAGUCAAUUGUGGAUGAGAAAUGAUUUAUCAUAAAUUAUAAAAUUUAUUUUAAUUGCUGUUGACAAAAUAUAAAUAUUAAUUUAAACCUAAAAAAUAAAAUGAUUAAAACUGGCUAAAUAUAUCAAUCCAUCUCACAGUCGGUCCUCUGUAUCCACAGAUUUUUUAAUCCAUAGUUUCAAUUAUCCACUGCUUGAAAAUAUCAAUAUAAAUUCCAAAAGCUAACUUUGUUUUUGCCAUUUCAUAUUUAAUGGGACUUAAGCAUCCAUGGAUUUUGAUAUCCAUGGGGGGAGCCUGGAACCAAACCCCAGUGGAUACUAGGACCCUGCUGUAAUGUGAAGUGUUACUUAAGAUUUUUAAAAAGUCAACAUUGUGGAUGUUUAACCAUUAAAAUAACAAAUGUUAAAAUAGUUGUCAGAAAAAAUGUAACAAGUGAUAACUAAUUAAUUUAUAAUUAAUUAAUUACAGUACUUCUUUCAAAGUCUUAACUUUGGGCCUAAGUCAAGAAACUUUGAUUAGAAUGGAACACAGCAAAAAACAUUUAGCUUUUUGUCAGUCUUAGCAUUUCAUUUAAUAUAUAAUGAUUUCUAACUUGACAUAAGCAAAAACAUAACUUAGUAAAUAUGGCCACUUGCCCACUGAGUGUUUCUUCAAGGAAAGAAACACUGAGACCAAUUGCAAACCUCCCUUUGCAGUAAUUAACUUCAUUUUUUUUUUUUACUGUGAUGGCUGGAAAAAUUUGAAUUCUGGUUAAAUAUGAAAGAGAGUCUUAAAUUAUGGGUGGGGGUACCCCGUUCCUAUUCUCCUGGGCAGGAUGCAGAACUUAUGACCCCCAAAAUGUGGUUGUACUCAUUGUAUCCAAGACAUGCUUCCCAGCGGCCAGGCAUGAUAGGAACAGAAGUCAGACAACAUUUGCAGGGCGACAGGUUCUCCAGCCAUAUUUUGGGAGGUAGGAUAAUAUACUGUACAGGCAAACCUUAUGGAAUAUUACCAUUAAUGCAGAAUCCUGGGGCCCUUUUUGAAGCUUAAAAAAAUGGGAGUGUGAGGUGUGAACAGAUUUUUUUUACCUUUUACUUUCAAGUUGUUAAUGUUAGUGUUUCCAGAUUCAGGAGCAUGUCAGGAUUGUUUUCUGCAUAUCAGAAAGUCAGCAUGACCUAAGUCCUUCAAGGAUGAACCAUGUGAAUUUCAACUGUUAUUUCAAGUGUUUCAGAUCUUGCCACAAUCAUCAUCUUCCAAAUCCAAUCUUUAUACAAAUUAAGCAAGAUUAACAAGAGUAUAGCAAAUAGCAUUUGUGCCCAAUAUUAUCAUUAGCAAGUCUACAGCAAAAACCCUUUCUUGAAAAUAAAAAAAAAAACCAAACAUCUCUUUAAGGGAGUUUUGAAACAGUAUAAGGAGCCAAUCAAAGAGAAAACUCGGUUAAUUUCCACAAAAGUUACUAGUGCCAUCAGGCUAGCUGACGAGACUGUUCUGCAUGAGGCAAAGGUCAAGAUGGCAUUACUAUCCAUUCUAUGUACACAAGCCAGUUAGAGUGGUGGUUGAUGUUAUUUCAGCACUCAUAUGGCCUCUCCACCAUAAUUGAUGAAGUCUAGUUUAGGAUGGCAAAUCUAAACAUGUGUCAUAAUAGAUUUAUCCUCCAAGAACCCUUUCAUACUGCGGAAUUAUAGCACAAUGCUUUCACUUUAACUGCCAUAGCUACUUCCUAGGGAAUUUUGGGAUUUGUAGUAUGGCAAAGCAGUAGAGUUCUCUGUCUGCGAAUUAUAAAUAGAUCUCCCUAAACUGUAAAUCUCAGGUUCCAGCAGGUUGGAACCAUUCCAUUUAAAUGGAAUCAGUGCUGUAAUUGUGUCGUGUGAAAUGACCCCAGGCUGAGGAGGGAAGUGCUGGUGGAGAAGGAGGAUGCCCUCCAAGAUUUGCCUGUUGAGGCAAUCACUUCACUCUGCCUAAUGGAAGGGAUGACUGUGAGUGAAAUAAUUAUAUAGUUGUGUCAACCAGAGACUUCUUGGGAUAGUAAUUAAAUUAGAACGUCAGAAUUUUGUCAUUGGAAAGUGUAUUUUUUCCUCUGUGCUAAGUAGCUGUGAAAUAUGAGAUACUUGGCCACUUGUGCCAAGUUAUACAUUCUGUACAACUGUGGGGAAUGGCUAUGGCCCUCCAGAUGCUUUUUGGUUUACAACUCCUAUUAGUCCUAGCCAUUUUAGCCAGUGAUGAGAAAUUAUGGGAGAUGAGAUGCAUAAAACAUACUGGAAGCCAUAGUUGCCCACCCUUGUUCGUGAAACACAGAAAACUGCCUUAUACUGAAUCAAUCAAUCAAUUUCAAUAUUUACUGAAUUGAUUGGCAGUGGCUUAGGAAUUUCAGACAAGAAACUCCAAAGACACUCCAGCAUUGCCUGGAGUUGUGGAGGAUUUUUAUUUGAUUUUUCUUUAUGUUGGUAAAGGAAAGAGAAGGAAUAAAAAUAGGCUUUUCCAGGGAGGAAUAUUUUUGACAAAAAAUCCCCUUAGGCAAGGGAAAUAAGUUAUAGAGUGGCAUAGCCUUGGCAACAGGUCACUUCCUUUUAAUCUAUAAUUCAGUCCGUAGGACUAGGGAUACUAUACUGCUACAGAGAUAUUUAGGGAUGAGGAUUCUAGAAGGUUAGGAUCAAUGAGAAAAUGUGGCUAGGAUGUAUUUUGCAUCAUCAUGAAGCUAAGACCUCAGUAAACCUCCAGUACAUGUUUAUAAAUUUCUGGUCCACAGUCAUAAUUAAGCAUGAAUAGUAAAUGAACUAUGCUGCUCUAGUACUGAAAAGAUGGAUUCUAGUCAAAUUUUAAAUGCAUAUUUCUGAUAUAUGCUGCCAUGUAUCACCAUAGCAAUGAUCCUCAAGUGCCUAGAUAAGAAGUUCAAAUUGACAAUCUGUACUGUAUUACUGCAUUUGUAACUAGAUCCUGGACAUAAUUGAGGCAUCUAGUUAACUGUGUUUUAUCUUCAUAAUAGCUUUUAUUCCUAUAUUGGUGUCUUAACAAUGUUUACAUGUUCCUCAUUAUAUGGAGUAUUGUUGAUUCAAUAUUGAUUGAUAUAUAUAUUUGAGAAAGACAAGAGCAUAGAAUUUGCGCAAAACAGAACUGUGAAUGUCUGAGUAACAUAUUUUUUCAUGUGGUCAGCCUAUGACAGAAUGUGUCUUGUAAAUGUUACUUAGCUGACAAAUACUCCUGUAAGCUACAGCCAAACAGAUUUGUGAUUCUGUAUUAAAAUCUUAUUGCACUAUUCUGAAUGAAUGGAGAUAGUGAUAACCAUGAUGUAAGAGUUACAAUGUUAUUUAAUAUCUUGGAUGUUAUCAAUUAGCUAAGAACUGUAUCAGACACUAAAUUUUGGAGGCAUAUUUUUAUAAAAUAAAAAGAGAUGUUAAGAUUGCUAAAUGGAAAAUUUUUAUUUAGAUUGUAAUCUCUUUUGUUAUGUGUAUAUAUUGAUAUUCAGUCGGAAGCAUUAAUACUGAGCUUGAAAUUAUUUCAAACUAUAUAAUGUGUCACCUUUUUGUGUAAUAAAUUAUUGCAUUCAGGCUU